CCAUCCUCAGAUCACGACACUGAGGCCAAGAGGGUCCAGGACGUGCUGUCCACCAUCGAUAAACCACAGGUGUGCAACGUGCAGGCGCGGGCCGUGCGUCUCUCCUGGAACCCCCCAGUCGGGCUGGUGAACAGGCUGGGGAACGGCGCUCCCGUCGCAUGCUCCUACGAGGUGACGCUCUCCGACAAGGGACGAGACGGCAAGUACCGCCUCAUAUACAGCGGAGAGGAGCUGGAGUGUAGCCUGAGAGACCUCAGGCCUGCCACGGACUACCACGUACGAGUGUCAGCAGUGUGUAACUCAGUGAGAGGGGUGUACUCUGAGGCUGGGUCCUUCACUACACACUGCAGCAUCCCAGACCCCCCCUCCCCCCCGAAACUGUCUCACCGCACCAAGAGCUCCCUCACCCUGCAGUGGAAGCCACCAAAUGACAAUGGAUCCAAAAUUACUAAUUACCUGCUGGAAUGGGAUGAGGGAAAGAAGAACAGUGUUUUCAGACAAUGUUACUUCGGGAGCCAGAGACACUGUAAGCUGUCGAGGCUGUGUCCUGCGGUGGGCUACACCUUCAGAGUGGCAGCACACAACGACAUGGGCACCAGUGGUUUCAGUCCGGAUGUGGUGUUCCACACCACUGGUACUCUACCCGCCCUGCCCCUGGCCCCCAGGCUGGUGAGGGCAGGGGUGUCCUGGAUCACCCUGGAGUGGGGGCGCCCUGACGGCAGCGCCAACGAGGAGAUGCACACAUACACCCUCGAGAUCCAGGAAGAGAACACCGGAACAGACUUUCAUCCAAAGUACACUGGAGAAAACCUAACCUGUACUGUACAGGGCCUGAAAAGAAGCACACAGUAUAAGUUCAGGCUGAUAGUGUCGAACAUGGAGGGCAGAAGUAGUCCCAGUGAGGUUCUAGUGUGCAACACCAGUCCAGACAAACCCGGCCCACCAUCCACUCCCUGUGUGACUGCAGCCACGCCUUACGGAUUCACCGUCUCCUGGGAUCCUCCCCAGGACAACGGGGGUUCUGACAGUCUGACAUACCUGCUGGAGAUCACCCAGGGCUGUUCUGAAGCGAGCCAAUGGGAGGUGGCCUACAGCGGGCCGGCGACAGAGUGUGUGUGUGAGCGUCUGACCCCCGGGACGUCCUAUCGCCUGCGUGUGUGUAGCAUCAGCACCGGGGGCCACAGCCAGUGUACCGUGAGUGUUCCACUCCGCACACUAAGUGUUCCACCUGGACCCUGUCAGCCACCAAGGAUUGUGGGUAAAGCCAAACACAAGGAAGUGCAGUUAGAAUGGGACUCCCCUGUCUCCGAGGGUGUGUGCGAGGAGUGUGUGUUCAGUUUGGAGAUGAGCGAGGGAGAGGGCGAGCCCCGGGAGGAGUACCAGGGGAAGGAGCUGCAGUGCACCGUGGGUAGGCUGCUGCCCGGAGCCACGUACAGCUUCCGACUGCGAGCCGCCAACGAGGCUGGGUUCGGAGAGUACUCUGAGCCUGCGGAGGUGACGACUGCAGCAGGUCCUCCUGGCCAGUGUGUGGCGCCUGUCGUCACCCUCACCAACAACACCUGCAUAACACUCAACUGGGAGAGCCCGGAAGGUUCUGGCUCCGACAUCUCAGAGUACCGUCUGGAGUGGGCGAGGGAGGACACGUCCAUGGAUGUCGUCUACUGUGGGAGCGCAACACAGUGUGAGCUGUCGGAGCUGACUCCUGCUACUCAGUACUGCUGCAGGCUACAGGCUGUGAAUCAGGCAGGGGCGGGGCCCUACAGUGAACAGGUGUGCUUCCAGACCCCACCAACCAGUCCAGACCCGGUUUCCACCCUCUCCCACAACCCCUCAGAGUUGGGCCACUCCCCCUCCACCUGCCUUUUCCUCAAAUGGGAGGAGCCAAGCAACAAUGGAGAAGAGAUGACCUCUUACAUCAUCACCCUCAAUGAGCAGACAAUCACCGUGGAGACGGGAACUUCUCACCUUAUUACGGACCUGCAACCAGACAGCGAGUACAGCGUGCAGAUACAGGCGGUAAACGCGAUUGGCUGCAGCCCCUUGAGCCCGCCCCUGCUGGCAAGGACACGCCCCCUUCCCCCAGCCCCUCCACCUCUUGAAUGUUCCGCAGCGGGCCCCCAAAGCCUGAAGCUGAAGUGGGGAGAGAACCCCGGCAACACACACACACGCGCUCUGCUGGCAGACGACACGGUCUACACUCUGCAAAUGGAGGACAAGAACCACAGGUUUGUGCCCAUCUACCACGGCUCCAGCCACACCUACAAGGUACAGCGCCUGACAGAGUCGAGCAGCUACAGUUUCCGGAUCCAGGCUGUGAGCGCGGCCGGGGAGGGCUCCCCCUCUGAGACACACACCUUCACCACCAGCAAGGCUGUGCCCCCCCCGCUCAGAGCUCCCAAAGUGCAUCAGAUGGAGGGUAACGUGUGUGAGGUCACAUGGGAGACAAUUGCACCAAUGAGAGGAGACCCUGUCAGCUACGUGCUGCAGGUUCUCGUGGGACGAGAGUCUGAGUACAAACAGGUAUUUAAGGGAGAGGAGGGCGUAUUUCACAUCUCCGGUCUCCAAGGCAACACAGACUACCGUUUCCGCGUCGGCGCCUGCCGUCGUUGCCAGGAUACGUGUCAGGAACUGUGCGGCCCUCUGAGCCCCUCCACCCUGUUCACCCUGCGUCGCCUGGAGACGGCGUCACCGGGGGAGGCCGGCGCCGUGGACACGGGGAAAGGGUCGGGCCUGGCGUGGAGCGACGAGCGUUUCGCCGCGCUGAUUGUAUGCGUCUUCGCCGCCAUGGCCGUCCUCAUGGCUUUCCUGCUUCAGUACUUCUUCAUGAAGUGAGGGAGUUUACUCUAGGAUAGAAAAGAGAAACCAACAAACCAACACGAAAAGACGACAGAGAGAGAGGAACACACAAACAAAAGAAAACGAAAAAAGAAAACACUUGAGAUGUACUUUUAACGCUACGGACACUUUGUAGUCCAGAUAUCUAUCAAAGCUUUCCUCUCUUUUGUCUCCUUCCUACUUUUCCUCAUCUCUCCGUCUAUCUCUGUUGUGGUUGUGUUCUUGUCUGUCUCUUCUGUUGAGGAUAUGUGGAAAAGGUAAGCCCUGUUUGACCUCUCCUCCAUGGGAAAGCAAACUCAUUAUCAAGCCUUAACUAGCUGUGAGCUACGCAGGAGUUCCUCAAACUGACUUGCAUGUUUCGAUUUUGUAUUAUUUUAAACAUACCGUACAUAUUUGAUUAGACAAAGUGUAUUUUUCUUGGACUGUCGAUGCCUUUACUUUGUUUCCUUGUUUUAUUUGUGUUACUGCUGCAGUCUUUAAUCAUUCAGCCAUAUUCCAAUGUAGGCUUUGCAGCUUCACUCCUCUGCAUCCAUCUGGUACCUGUCUUUACCUGCUUUCACACACAGACACAGACAGACAGACAGACAGACAGACAGACAGACAGACAGACAGACAGACAGACAGAC